AUGCCCAGGGCAGGAACAGCUGGGGAGCUGCAGCUGAGGGCUGCCUACAGAUCCCCAAGCACCCAGGAGCAGGCGCCAGCCUCGGCCCUGGUAGAGAAGGUGCUUCCAGCUCCCCGCGGAGUGGAGCGGGGCGGCUGGGCCGGCCUCCCGCGGGCACACGCACCGUCGCAGCAGGCUGUCGGGCAGGGCGCAGCUGAGCAGGAAGACGUGGACGCCGAUGAAGAGGCGCAGGACGAGCAGGCAGAGCCCCACGGGCGCGUAGAGCAGCAGGGCCAGCAGCAGGAACCCGUCGGCCCAUCCAUCUGCAAAGCCCCAGCCCUGCAGGCCCCGUGUAACCAGUGCCCCUCUUGCAGGCACCCCUUCUCGGGCCGCGACGUGCCCAUCUCCAAUGGCUCGGGCUUCCUGGUGUCCCCGGACGGGCUCAUCGUCACCAACGCGCACGUGGUGGCCAACCGGCGUCGCGUGCGGGUGAAGCUGGCCAGCGGGGAGCUCUACGACGCCGUGGUGCAGGACGUGGACCAGGUUGCCGACAUCGCUACCAUCAAGAUCAAGGCUAAGCACCCGCUCCCCACCCUGCCGCUGGGGCGCUCCUCCGCCUGCUUCAGGGCCCUUUCCCUGCAGGAUGGCGAGGUGAUCGGGGUGAACACUAUGAAGGUGACGUCGGGCAUCUCUUUUGCCAUCCCCUCAGACCGUCUGCGGAAGUUUCUGCAAAAGGAGGAACAGCGCAAAAGCUCUUGGUUUGGCAAUGCAGAGGCAAAGCGCCGUUACAUAGGGGUGAUGAUGUUGACUCUUACACCAAGGUAAGUUCUGAGACGUGG